AGUGAUGUAAAGCUUUUGUUGGUGAAAAGAAUAUAAAUAAAAACUUGUGCAAAAUACAAAAAAACAUCGGAGAGCCAAACAACCUGUUGCAGCUAGGAGUUCAAGAAAAAUGUAUAAAUGAGAAGUGAAAAUGGCGUUGAAAAGUAUAGAGAAAGAGGAAAACAAGGUUGUUGAAGAUACUCCCGUAUUAUGGCCAGACUAUAAAACAUUGUAUUUCAAACUACUCUCUAAAGACAGCUUAAAUAACAAUAAAAUAAUGUGGAUACCACCAAAGUCUCCCCAUAAUUUAAUAGAGGAAGACUUGUAUCAUGACCCCUGGUCUCUGUUGGUAGCAACUAUUUUUCUGAAUAAAACAAAGGGUCAGGUUGCUACGAUGUGCUUAUACUGGUUUUUGGUUGAGAACCCUACUCCACUGGCAGUUGUUGAGCAAUAUCCAAAACCAUUAGAAAAGUAUUUUAUUAAUUUGGGUUUGCAAAAAACAAGAGCUGUUCAGGUAUGGCGUAUGUCUUACGAUUUCAUACAUAAACAGUGGAAGAGUCCUAGAGAGUUGUAUGGUAUUGGCCAAUAUGGUGAGGAUGCCUAUAAAAUAUUUUGCCUGGGUGACUUCAGUUUUACCCCCAAGGACCAUUUCUUGAAGAUUUAUAAGGCAUGGUACGAGAAAAUCAACUUGAGAGAUACAGCAAUAAAUUCAGCUUACUGAUUUAGCGAUUAUUUUUAUAUAGAUUUGUUUUACUUAUAUUUUUAUAAUUAAGUUAUUUUUAAAUUUACAUUAAGUACCUUGUGAUAUUUACCUAAAUAAAAU